AUGUCUGCCUUUUCAGCCGCGCUCAACAACGCCUUUGAAUCGGAGCGGCUCCGGUACAUUGCCGUCGACGACGAGAGCGACGACUACAAGAGCGUUCUCGCCGAGAUGCUCAACGAGCCUUCCCUGCAGGCUCUCUCCUCGGAGAUGAUUCUCCGCCUGCAGGGCAAGACGGACGUGCAGUUCCUCGCCACCAUGUACCGCAAAGCGCUUCUCGGCGUCGCCAUCUGCCUCCUCCCGUCGUCAUCGUCGUCGUCAUCGUCGUCCGAUCCGACGAAACCCACCAUCAUCGGCACCCUCUGCAUCGGCUGGGGCGGCAUCCCGGACUCGCUGCGGCACAACCGCAACGCCUACCUCGGCAUCACGAUAGCAGCGCCGUUUCGCGGCAAGGGGUACGGGCGGGAGGCGCUCGACUGGGGCGUCGACUGGGCGUUUUGCCACGGCAACCUGCACACGCUGUCGCUGACGACGGUGUCGUGCAACGAGGUCGGGCAGCGGCUGUACGCGCGCGCGGGGUUCGCGCUCGCGGGCCGCCGCAGGGAGGUCGCGUGGGUGAACCGCGCGUGGGUGAACCGCGCGUGGCACGACGAGCUGAGCUACUCCAUGACGGAGACGGAGUGGGAGGUCCUGCGGGGGCGCAGGAGCGAAGAGAGCUGA